GUUGCAUUUAGAAUGAGAAAAAUCAGAAAAUUUAAAUUUUAAACUUACACCCUCAUCUCAUGUCCUCACAUGGUCACUUCGUCCUCUAUCAAUAAUACCCCCCACCUGUCCCAAAAUAAUACUACGUAGUUAUGUUGCGGAUUUUGAUGUUUGAUCGACGAUAAAAUAAACAUUUCCGUGACAAUUUUUUAAUCAGAACUAUAAAUUAAAGUUUACAUAUUCUUUUCACAAUUCGGCAGAUUCAGCCAGAAUUUCAUCAAUUUAGCAGAUACAACGAUUCAGCUAUUUUGAAUUUUACCAAACGGGUUCUAAAAUUUUGGACUAAAAUUAUUUCUUAAAAAUAAUUGUAAUUUUUUUGGGACCAAAACUACAAAAACUUAUCGAAAAUUAAAAAGAGCCUUACUAUUCCGCAUUUUUUAAAACAGAGCAAGACAACAAAACCCAGGUUCAGCCAGUAUUUUUUAAAACAUAUACUCUGUCCGAACUUGCCAGGUUGGCAAUCCGGCAAGUCGUCUCCCGCCAUCUAGCCUUUGACCGUGACCAUGAGAGUUCUUUCUUCUUCCUUUCUCUGAGAAACAAAACCCAGAGAGAAUGAGGAAAAAUUCGACCGUUGACAACAAAUCUGUAAUCGAUCUUGCCAGUUGCCCGCUCCUCUAUAUAUAUAAUAAACACAUAUAUACCCGUUGGUUGCCAUUCGAUCUUCAAAACCCCAUUCUCAUUUCUUCCUUUGUCGCAGAAGCAAAACCCAAUUUCCGUUUCUUUCUAUGGUUCCUGCGAGCAAUAAUUUGGAGCUAUGGAGUCCGGUAUGUGUUCGAAUUCUAUAAUCUCGAAUACCCUGUUUCUUUCUUGAAUAACAUUAAUAUUCUCUCUUGUUCCUUGAUGCGGUUCUGCAAAGUUGAGCAGAAUUUCUGGAGAUGAUCGAGCAAGAAAUAGCUAGAGUCAGGUAUUAUAUAAAUAAAUAUAUAUUUACGUACGAAUCUUCAAAACCCCAUUUAAUUUCUUGCUUCUUCUUCCUUUGUCUCAGAAACAAACCCAGAGAGGUGAUCUUGUUCCUGCGGGUAAACAAACCCAAGAACGUGAUUCUGAAGUAUGUGUUCUAAUUCCG